CCAGUCCCUCUCCGCCGUCUUAGGCGUCUUCUACCAUUCUACGCAUCUUCAUUAGCUUAGGCGGCAAGGAGUAAAGCUUUGGGCCUCUGGUUGUUCUCCGCCUCUGAAAAAUUUCUUGAAAUCCCCACGCGCUUCAAGCACGUCACUGCUCAUCAUACUAACACCUAUCUAGGGUAUCGACAGACUUCCUAAUUUAUUUGAGUUAUUUUCAUUGAUUCGAUCAUGGCUGAGGAACCAGUCUCUGCUCCGCAAAGUUCGUCGUCUGCUGCUUCUCUCGGUCAUUCUGUAAUUCCGAUCGUCAAUAAACUCCUAGACAUAUUCGCUCAGCUCGGCAGCUCUUCUAUGAUCGAGUUGCCGCAGGUCGCCGUCGUCGGAAGCCAAAGCAGCGGUAAAUCCAGUGUCCUCGAGGCUCUGGUUGGAAGGGAUUUUCUUCCGAGGGGUUCGGAUAUCUGUACUCGAAGGCCUUUGGUAUUGCAGUUAGUGCAGACGAAACGGAAGCCCGACGGCACUGAGGAGGAGUACGGUGAGUUCUUGCAUUUGCCAAAGAAGAAGUUUUAUGACUUCUCCGAGAUACGUAGGGAAAUUCAGGCAGAAACUGAACGCGAAGCAGGAGGAAACAGGGGUGUUUCAGAUAAACAGAUACGUCUAAAGAUCUACUCUCCAAAUGUUCUUGAUAUCACACUGGUGGAUUUGCCAGGAAUAACGAAAGUUCCGGUUGGUGACCAACCAUCUGAUAUUGAGGCACGGAUUAGAACUAUCAUAUUAUCUUACAUCAAACAUCCAAGUUGUUUAAUUUUAGCAGUUACACCAGCAAAUGCAGAUUUGGCGAAUUCAGAUGCACUUCAGAUUGCAGGCACUGCUGAUCCUGACGGUUAUCGGACUAUUGGUGUAAUUACAAAGUUGGAUAUUAUGGACAGAGGCACUGAUGCCCGUAAUUUUUUGCUUGGAAAAGUGAUCCCACUUCGACUUGGUUAUGUGGGUGUUGUGAAUCGUAGUCAAGAGGAUAUCAUUCAGAACCGGAGUAUCAAGGAUGCGCUAGCUUAUGAGGAGAACUUCUUCCGCAGUCGUCCUGUAUACAAUGGUCUUGCUGAUCGUUGUGGUAUUCCUCAGCUAGCGAAGAAGUUGAACCAGAUUUUAAUACAACAUAUCAAGACUGUACUUCCGGGGUUAAAAUCACGCAUAAGUUCUGCAUUGGUUGCUGUGGCAAAGGAGCACGCAAGCUUUGGAGAAAUUACCGAAUCAAAAGCUGGACAAGGGGCUCUUCUGUUGAACAUUCUUACAAAAUACUCUGAAGCCUUUGCUUCAAUGGUGGAGGGGAAAAAUGAACAGAUGUCGACAUCAGAGCUUUCUGGAGGAGCACGAAUUCAUUAUAUCUUCCAGUCAAUCUUUGUGAAGAGCUUGGAAGAAGUGGAUCCGUGUGAUGAUUUAACUGAUGAUGACAUCCGUACUGCUAUUCAGAAUGCAACCGGUCCCAAAUCUGCUUUAUUUGUACCUGAGGUGCCAUUUGAGGUUCUUAUUAGAAGGCAGAUAGCCCGUUUAUUGGAUCCAAGCCUUCAGUGUGCAAGGUUUAUCUAUGAUGAGUUAAUAAAGAUGAGCCAUCGUUGUCAAGCCAGCGAGCUCCAGCGGUUUCCCGUUCUCAGAAAGCGCAUGGAUGAAGUUAUUGGAAACUUUUUGCGAGAAGGCCUUGAACCUUCAGAGACAAUGAUUGGACACGUUAUUGAGAUGGAGAUGGACUAUAUUAACACUUCACACCCAAAUUUUAUUGGUGGGAGUAAAGCUGUAGAGAUUGCACUCCAGCAAAUCAAGUCCUCUAGAGUAUCUGCUACUUUGCCUAGAGGAAAGGAUGGGGUAGAUUCUGAUAAAGUACCGGCAUCUGAAAAAAGUUUGAAAUCUCGAGCCAUUCUUGCUAGAUCGCCGGCGAACGGAAUUAUUGCUGAUCAGGGACUUCGGCCUGGUGCAGAUAAUGAGAGACCUGGUAUAUCAGGAAAUACCACUGGUGCAAGUUGGGGGAUUUCAUCAAUUUUUGGUGGGAGCGAAAACCGUACAUCUUCAAGAGAGAGUUCAAUAAGCAAGUCAUUUAGUGAACCUGUCCACAUGUUGGAGCAUUCCCUGUCUAUGAUCCAGUUGAAAGAGCCCCCAACCAUCUUGAGGCCCACAGAAACUCAUUCUGAGCAGGAGGCAAUUGAAAUAGCAGUCACAAAAUUGCUGUUGAGGUCAUAUUAUGACAUAGUCAGGAAGAAUAUUGAAGACUGCGUUCCUAAAGCAAUUAUGCACUUCUUGGUCAACCAUACAAAACGGGAGCUGCACAAUGUCUUCAUCAAAAAACUUUACAGAGACAACCUUUUCGAAGAGAUGCUGCAGGAACCUGAUGAAGUGGCAAUGAAAAGGAAGCGAACUCGAGAAACACUCCGAGUUUUGCAACAAGCUUUCCGGACGUUGGAUGAGUUGCCCCUUGAAGCUGAAACAGUUGAGGCGGGUUAUAAUUUGGGCACUGAUCCAACUGGAUUGCCAAAGAUCCACGGGCUUCCAUCAUCAUCUUUCUAUACCACAAGUGGUGAUUCCAGCUUCCACACUGCUUCACCAAAGAACCCAAAGACGCGGAAGUCAUCUCAUUCGGGGGAACUGCAAUCACCAUUGCAUGCAAAUGCAGAUUCUAAUGGCAGUGGACGCUACUCUGUACUUGGAUCGUACCCAACUGUUGAUCUGUAAGCAAUUGAAACAUGUAAAGCCGGGUAUUGAUGGUAAUUAGUAUAUUCAUUUGGUUGCUUCAAUGAAGAGUCUCUAUAUCUUCUUCCAACAAGAAAUACAUAGUCUUUCGUACAAAUCCCAUUUGUUUUUGUCAACAUUGCACAUCUGGCAAAAAUCCCCAUAAAAGAAUUACAGGGGCCGGCCACUCUGUUUUGCAAGAAAACUCAAACCAUUAUUUUCUUCCUUGUUAGUCUCUAGUUGAGGAGUUGACGAUGCUAGGUGCUUGAGCCAGUUCACAAUCUGGGGGUAACAGGAAUCCACAUAAACUCAUUCAAAUUGAAAGAACCCGAUGACUCUGCCCAGCUGACUUUAUCUGCUCAUGUUUGCAAUGACAAGCCUUUUGGUUGUUGCCCAGGUGAUGUGGAUACUAACAACCUGGAAUUUGAAGUUUGUAUCGUGCCUUCAAUUCGUUUGCAUUUUUUGUUCCCCAGUUUUCAGUUGAGUUUUACUGAUGAGCAAGGACCAUGUUUCUUCGGUAGUUUUUAAUUGUUUACAACUUAAAUAUGGGAUACUGAACGUAGCUUCCAAUGAGUGAUUUGGUAACAGGAGGUUUGUAAUUAAACAAGAUCAUUGUUGUUGGGUAUGGUUAUUAUUAUUUUUCCUC